GUGUCCGCAGCCCCACCUUCGAUUGUCUCCUCCCUACGUUUGGCUCUAGGGGCGGGGGCGUUGCGAUGAAGCGAGGGCACGAAGCUAGGCCGGCCCUCGGUGGAGCAGCCUAUCCAGGCCGUCCCGGGCGGCUCCAGCGCCACCUCUUGAGCGGCGAGUUCGACCAGCUGCGGGACUUCACCAUCUUUGAGAGCAACUUCGUGCAGGUGACCCGCUUAGGAGAAGUUGCCAACAAGGUCACCAUGGGGGUGGCAGCCUCCAGUCCAGCCCUGGAACUCCCAGACCUGUUGCUGCUGGCAGGCCCUGGCAAGGAGAACGGACACCUGCAGCUCUUCGGGCUGUUCCCCUUGCAAUUUGUCCAGCUCUUCGUCCAUGACGAAAGUCGCUGCCAGCUUAAGGUGAAGUUCCGCACCGGCCGAGCCUUCUACUUGCAGCUGCGGGCCCAGCCCGAGACUCGCGACCGCGAGUUUGGCCAGUGGGUGCGGCUGCUGUACCGCCUGCGCUUCCACUCGGUCCAGGGACCCGUGCCCUUCACACAGGAGUACUCGGUGCCCGAGGACCAGGACUAUGACGAGGAUGAGGAAAAUGAAGCACAGCUGGAGUGCGAAGAGGUGGGGGGGCGGGGGGCGGAGAAGAGACCAGUGAGUGGGCUGGGGGGAGGAGACUCCUGGCCAACCCACUCCCAUCUGGAGGAGGAGGGGCUCAGACAAAUGGGUCUGAGGGAGGAAGAGGCUAGGGACCUAGACCCCUGGGUCUGAGGGAUAAGGGGGUCAGGGGACUGGGUGCCCGGGUCUUAGAGUGGCAGAGACCUGCCCAGACUUCUGAGUCUAUAAGGCAUGUGAAGACUGGGUAGGAGGCGCAGUGUGUGCAGGGCCUUGUUGCCCUGAGCUUAGUUGGCCAUAGUGUCCUAAUUGGGAACACACCAACCCACACUGUUCCCCAGCCUCUCUCCCCUGACAUGCUGAAGAGGAUCUGAAGGGGUGGUGUCAGCCAGGCCAGGGGUCCAGUUCCCUAUAAGGCCCUGAGGGGAGGGCAGGGGCACUGCAACCCGUGGGGCUCUGCCUUCCCUGUAGGUACAAGGCCCCCCUAAAGAGGCCUUCCUCUGAAGCCCAUUCUCCCUUACCCCCAGCUUCAAGCCUUGGAAGCCAGACUUGACCCACAGACCUCUGAACUCUGGGGACUCUGAUUCUUCCAACAUCCUUUGAGGUCACCAAAGGACUAGAGAUCAAAGUACUCUGCCUCAGGCCAGACAGAUGAGUUAUUAAAGUUAAUAAAGAUCAAGUCAUGAGCAGCUCUGCCACUGAUUCAACAUGGCAGCCUGGCAGAAGUAGCUUUUGCAGUAUGGCCACUUCCACCAUGACUUGCUCCUUGGGCCACCAUUGAGACCUGGUGCCCACCAUGUGGACAUGGUUGCCUCAGUGGAACAGCCUUCUCAGUCUGGCCUG